AUGAUCAGUAAGUUCAGGUUCAAUGGGCCUAUUGCAUUUGCCUCAUUGAUAUACUUUCUUUUCGCCAUGGCAUUGGGAUAUUUGUGUUUGUUUCACAGUCUUCGCCCGGGCAUUCAUAGUCCUGAGAUUCCCAAGUCCGACGGGUCUAAUGGCACAUGCAAUGUCUUUGAAGGAAGCUGGAUGUAUGAUGAAAGUUACCCUUUAUACGAUGCCUCAGAGUGUCCAUUUGCAGAACCUGGAUGGAAUUGCUGGGCUAACGGGCGGAAAGAUAAAGGCUACGCAAAAUACAGGUGGAAGCCGAAGAGCUGUGACCUUCCAAGGUUCAACGCACGUGCAAUUCUCGAAAUGUUUCGGGGGAAAAGAAUUGUUUUUGUGGGUGAUUCAUUGGGCAGAGCACAGUGGGAGUCUUUUGUAUGUUUGCUCAUGACAGGAGUGGAUGAUAAGAAGAGUGUGUAUGAAGUGAAUGGGCACAAGAUCACCAAAACGAUCAGGUUUCUAGGCGUGCGGUUCAGCUCCUUCAAUCUUAGUGUCGACUUUUAUCGAUCGGUUUUCCUGGUGCAGUAUGGUUCCGUGCCAAGGCAUUCACCUAUGUGGGUGAAGAGAACGCUUAGACUCGAUGAGUUGGAUGAUAUUAGCCACGAGUGGGUUGACUCUGAUAUUCUCAUCUUCAAUUCAGGGGGCUGGUGGACAAAGAGUAGGCUAUUUCGUGAAAUGGGCUGCUAUUUUCAGGUAGGUAAUACAUUGGACGUCGGGAUGGAAGUCACUGCAGGCUACAGAAGAGCAUUAGACACAUGGGCAUCUUGGGCUGAGACUGCAAUCAACACAUCCAGGACAAGAGUAUUCUUCAAGACUUUUGAAGCCGGCCAUUGGAGUGGUGAAAAUUGGAGUUCUUGCAAAGUGACUCGACGACCUUCGUUAGCAAGCGAGGGUAGAGACCGAAACGAGGUUUCAGACAUCAUGAUCCAAGUUGUGAAGAAAAUGAGGAUUCCUGUUACAAUUCUUCAUGUUACCUCAAUGUCUGCAUUCCGUAGUGAUGGACAUGUGGGCAGGUGGAGUGACAACCCAUCCGUACCUGAUUGUAGCCAUUGGUGUCUACCAGGUGUACCUGAAACAUGGAAUCAGCUUCUCUUCUCAUUUCUCCUGCCCUAG